CGCGCCGGGGAAGAAGGGAUGGUCGGGACACACGGCCUAGCUGUCCUGCGUACCGAAGACUGGCUCGGACUGGGGACUCCGGCCCGGAGCCCGGCCCCUGGGCGACCUCGGCCGGGAAGGGGCUGCCAGGCCUCGGGGGGAGGACGGCUGGACCCGGGCCGAGCGGUGUGAGAUCACCUGCGUCGGGACCCUCAGCGCCGCGCACCUUGGUGCAGAGGAAGGAUGGGCAGGCGGGCCUCAGCUGUGGGAAGGGGAAAGAAAAGUGCUGGGACAGCUUGAGCGGGAAUCUGCGGCGUCCUGGUAGCGGCUGUCAUUGCUGACUGCUCUCCUGGCAGCCAGACGUCCUGGAGACCCGGUCACUUUGAUCGGUCAUGUAGGAAGUUGUAAAUCAUGUGAAGAUGGGACUCUUGGUAUUUGUACGCAACCUGCUGCUAGCCCUCUGCCUUUUUCUGGUACUGGGAUUUUUGUAUUACUCUGCGUGGAAGCUGCAUUUACUCCAGUGGGAGGACCCCAAUUCAGUGGUUCUUUCCUUUGACUCCGCUGGACAAACACUAGGCUCAGAGUAUGAUCGGUUGGGUUUCCUCCUGAAACUGGACUCUAAACUGCCUGCUGAGUUGGCCACCAAGUACGCAAACUUUUCAGAGGGAGUGUGCAAGCCUGGCUAUGCUUCAGCCUUGAUGACUGCCAUCUUUCCCCGGUUCUCCAAGCCAGCACCCAUGUUCCUGGAUGACUCUUUCCGCAAGUGGGCUAGGAUUCGGGAAUUUGUGCCGCCUUUUGGGAUCAAAGGUCAAGACAAUCUGAUCAAAGCCAUCCUGUCAGUCACCAAAGAGUACCGCCUGACCCCUGCUUUGGACAGCCUCAGCUGCCGCCGCUGCAUCAUCGUGGGCAAUGGAGGUGUCCUUGCCAACAAGUCUCUGGGGUCACGAAUUGAUGACUAUGACAUUGUGGUCAGACUGAACUCCGCGCCAGUGAAAGGCUUUGAGAAGGACGUGGGCAGCAAAACUACACUGCGCAUCACCUACCCUGAGGGCGCCAUGCAGCGGCCCGAGCAAUACGAACGCGAUUCUCUCUUUGUCCUCGCUGGCUUCAAGUGGCAGGACUUCAAGUGGUUGAAGUACAUCGUCUACAAGGAGAGAGUGAGUGCAUCGGAUGGCUUCUGGAAAUCUGUGGCCACUCGAGUGCCCAAGGAGCCCCCUGAGAUCCGCAUUCUCAACCCGUAUUUCAUCCAGGAGGCUGCCUUCACCCUCAUCGGACUGCCCUUCAAUAACGGCCUCAUGGGCCGCGGGAACAUCCCGACCCUUGGCAGUGUGGCAGUGACCAUGGCACUACACGGCUGUGAUGAGGUGGCAGUCGCAGGCUUUGGCUACGACAUGAGCACUCCCAAUGCACCCCUGCACUACUAUGAGACUGUGCGCAUGGCGGCCAUCAAAGAGUCCUGGACGCACAAUAUCCAGAGAGAGAAAGAGUUUCUGCGGAAGUUGGUGAAAGCACGUGUCAUUACCGACCUAACCAGCGGCAUCUGAGGUGGGCCCAGCACAUGGCCACGGAGGUCCUGGCACCGCCAAGAGCAAGCGGCAGCCACCAUCACCUGCCCAUUUCAUCGGCCUUGG